AUGUCCUCAGACGAAGAUUCCGCCGACAAUAGACCUAGGCGGUCGAGAGACAACAAGAAACGACGUGUUGCGCGAGCCUGCGAUAUCUGUAGACGGCGCAAGGUUCGCUGUGAUGGAGAACAAAUUCCUGGGCGCAAAUGUGCCAACUGCGCCGCUGCCAACCUCCAGUGUUCCUAUGUACAAGCCAUGAAGAAAUAUCCGGAAGGAUAUGUUGAAGCGCUUGAACAGAAACUAGAGAAGGUCGACAAACUCCUUAAGCGCUUGCACCCCAACGAUGACUUCGCGCGCGAGAUAGGCGUGCCCAUAACGCGGGAUAACUGGAUGAACGAGGGCGUGCUCGGUGAUCCAGAUGGCCUUGCACACAUUACCCCUGGCGAUAGGGAGAUAUACGACCCUUCCGACGACGACGAGGACACGGCCAUCAAGCUGUAUGACCUGACCCACAGUAUGAAGAACAUGUCCCUGGGUGUCCACGUCGGCGCGUUCAGAGGGAAGUCUUCGACGGCCACGAUGGUCGAGGCCGCGUUUGCCCUGAAGAGCAAUGAUCCCUCCAAAACCGAUCACCCAUUCGUCAGGAUACGACGGCCAGAGUUUUGGGCUGUUCUUCCCUUCGAACGCGAGCUUCUAGAACGACAGUCAUCACCGUUUGAGUUUCCCGAAGACGACCUACUAUGGCAUCUCGUUGACUGUUACUUCACCCACCUGAACGUGAUCACUCCCAUCCUUCACCGCCCUUCCUUCGAAAAGCAGGUCCGUGAGGGUCUUCACCUGAGGGAAGAGGCUUUUGGCGCCGUCGUCCUCUCGGUCUGCGCUAACGGUGCAAGGAUAUCCGAUGAUCGUCGUGUUCUCACAGACGAGGGGAAGAAUUGGUAUUCGGCUGGUUGGGCUUGGUUCUCCCAGGUCCGCAUGACGCAAAAGGCGCUUCUGUCAUCUUCCCGGCUAUACGACCUUCAGGUACUCUGCCUGACCGUCAUUUACCUUCACGGCGGUUCGAUAACGUCGCGCGGGUGGAAUAUCGCUGGUAUUGGGCUGCGGUUGGCGCAGGAUAUCGGCGCCCACAGAAAGAAGGUUUAUGGCGACGCGCCGACGGCGGAGGACGAGCUUUUCAAACGUGCUUUUUGGGUGCUUAUCUGGAUGGAUAGGUGGAUGAGUGCACUUCAGGGUCGUACUUGCGCGUUGUUGGAUGACGACCACUAUCUUAGCUUUGACGUGGACUUGCCCGCGGAUUGCGACGACGAGAUGUGGGAUCACCCUGAUCCCGCGCAGAGGUUCAAGCAGCCCCCUGGCAAGCCCUCUCAGCUCGCGUACUUCGUUGCUUCGGCAAAACAGUGCCAAAUACUCGGCUCGGCGCUGAGCACGAUUUACGCCAGUGGGAAAGCUCGGGCGCGCACGGGUGCGUACGGGCCCGACUGGGAGCAACGCACGGUGGCCGACUUCGAUGCGAGGAUGAACGAGUGGGCAGACUCACUACCCGAACAUUUGCGGUGGAAGUCCACGCAGCAGAACACGGUCUUUCUCAUGCAAUCAGCGCACCUCCACGCUCAGUUCUACCACCUUCAGAUUCUCGUUCACCGACCAUUCAUCUCUUCUCGCAAAGAGGCGCCUCUUGGAUUCCGUUCUCUCGCCGUCUGCAUCAACGCCGCACGGUCUUGCUCUCGGCUGGUUGCAUCUUUCCGCGAGCGUGUACCGGCGGAUCUCUGUCCCUACCUGCAGGUGCCCGCCUUUACCGCGGGUGUGAUGCUUCUACUCGGUAUCUGGAACAUAGAGCGCACGGGUAUCACUAUGGACCAAGGAAAGGAGACCCAGGCCGUGUACAACUGCGUUGCGCUUCUCAAGGACAUCGAAGCCCGAUGGCAGGCCGCGGGACGUCUUUGGGAUGUACUCUCUUCUCUUGUCGCCGCCGGUGGUGCACUCCCCGACUCGCUUCCAAUCCCCGCUCCGACGCUUAAGCGGCCUCGCGAGCCCGUGGCGGCCGAAUUCGAAUCUGGCGCCCUUCCCGACGAGUAUGCUAGUCCUUCCGGCUCUGCUACGAGCGGUGGACAAACCAGUGCUGCGACGGGAACCGGCUAUUCGUCAUCUCCUUUCUCGGACGCGCACUCCGGCCUUGACAUCUCGGGCCACCGACAAGACCUGCAGAGCCUCGACAUGACCGGCCCAGCAGCAAGCUCUGCAGAUCUCUCGUACACGUUUGGGGCGCUCCCCGUUCGCAGCCACGAGCUUGGGCACGUAGCCGCGGAUGACCCAAUAUGGGCGAUAUCAAAUAGUUCGUUCGAGCCCUCCUUUGGUUCGGGGGAGCCCUUGCCACUUGCGUCCCUGCAUCAGCAGGUGGACGCUGUAUCGUCUUUGGCAAACAUAGACAAGUUGCCCUCUAUAGCGCGUCGUGUCACCGGACAGUACUACCCCGAUCAAGUGCGACCGGCGUCGAGCUAUGAGCGAACAGGCGUUGGCUCAAGCUACUCGCAAACGUCUCCUGGGUAUGGGCAGAGGCAAGGCGCGAUGUUUGAUCAAAGUGGUUCCAGCAGUGGAUACUACGCGACGGGCCUGCAACCACAGGACGCGUCCGUCGGAGUCUACGAGAACUACGACUACGUUGCGACUUCCGGCACUGGAACUUCAUAUGGCCAGAGCUUCCCCGCGGACAGAGGGAUCCCGUCCUUGCAGGCAGGGUACGCGCCCAUAUACGACGCGCGCGCUGGGAGCUCGGCCGUACCGCCCGAGUGGCGACGACUGAGUUCGGGUGCUGUCAUCGCUGGCCCUCCUGCUGUCGUCCCCUCGGACUCGUAUGGCUGGUACGAUCAGCCGAACCCCGUUCCUCGACGCGUUCCGAGCCAUUCUUCCUUGUCGCAACAAUACGUCAACCCUCCUAUGACCGUACCCUCACACACGCACGGCAUGUGGAACGGUGCUGGACACUGA